GAUAAAAAAAUAUUCUGAAGACCACGGUAGUAUUAUGGAAAUCUCUUAUAAAAGAAACGUUUCUUCUGUUUAAAACAGAAGUUCAAGAAACUGGUCAAUUUAGGUUUAGAAAUUGCUAACAAAAUAUUACCAGAAACAUAAGCUGAGGUUUUAAAUCUCAGAGGAGGAAAAAAGAUGGUUGCACAUUUUCCACUGGAAAUCAGUGGGAUUGGUUCAGCUGAAAUAUACCUUCAUGUUCCUUGUGAAAUGUGUUAUAAAAUAAGAUAAAACAAUCCCUAAGUUUAGUAUUUAUUUUUCCAAGGUUUAAUCCUGGAGUUGGAUUUUUUUGUUUUUGGAAUUGUAGAUAUAGCCUGAGCCUAUGCAUGCUUAUAGUGGAGAAAAACUCAAGGCCUAAUUAACAUGUUGCAAGUUUUGUUUCUUUCGGAAAUUAUCCAUUCAACCAGUUCAACAAAAGAAGAUUCCAAAUCGAUAUCUAGGUCAGCCUAGCCCUUUCACACAUCCACAUCUUCUUAAGCCAGAAAAUUUCAGUAGCUGGUAUCUGAAUAGAUAAUGUGCCCAGCAUUUGUCUUUCUGCACAGUGGAAAAUGCCUUAUUUUCAUCUUGGCUAGUGAUGCUGCUACCCAGCAACUAGCUUAGGUCAGCAAAUUGCUUAUUGCAAGAGAGGUAACACCAGGAUUAUCACAAGUGGAAUAUGCUCUCCGUAGACACAAGUUGAUGGCUCAGAUACAACAAGAGAUGCAAGGGACAGAUCACACAGUAAUUCUGCUUUCAAAUCCGACCUACUACAUGAGCAAUGAUAUUCCAUACACCUUUCACCAGGACACUAAUUUCCUAUAUCUAUGUGGCUUCCAAGAACCUGAUAGUAUCUUAGUGUUGCAAAGUGUGCCUGGUAGACCUUUGCCGUAUCACAAAGCUUUACUAUUUGUUCCAAAAAGAGAUCCAAGCCGAGAGUUGUGGGAUGGGCCACGAUCUGGCACUGAUGGAGCAGUGGCCCUCACUGGUGUAGAUGAAGCAUAUACCAUGGAAGAGUUUAGACAUCUGGUAUCUAAAUUAAAAGAUGAUUCUAGCACAGUUUGGUAUGAUUUUGCUAAACCUGUGCAUCCACAGCUCCAUUCUGAUUAUCUGCUGCAUCUGGCUGAGGUCAAAACUAAAUGCAACAACCAUGUACGAGCUGUCCGGCAUCUAGUGCAAAACUUACGGCUGAUCAAAUCUGCCACAGAGAUUGAGAGGAUGAAAUUUGCUGGCAAAAUCACUUCACAGGCAUUCAUAGAGACUAUGCUUACAAGUAAAGCUCCGGUGGACGAAGCAUUUCUAUAUGCUAAGUUUGAAUUUGAGUGCCGGGCUCGUGGUGCUGACAUUUUAGCUUACCCCCCUGUGGUUGCUGGUGGCAACAGGUCCAAUACCUUGCAUUAUGUGAAAAACAAUCAACUUAUCAAGGAUGGAGAAAUGGUUUUAUUGGAUGGAGGAUGUGAAUACUCUUGUUAUGUGAGUGACAUUACCCGCACUUGGCCCAUCAAUGGCAGGUUUACUAGUCCCCAGGCAGAGCUGUACCAGGCUAUAUUGGAGGUCCAGAAGUCAUGCCUAAGACUUUGUUCUUCAGGUGUGAGCCUAGAAAACAUCUACAAUUUAAUGCUAACUCUCAUUGGACAGAAGCUGAAAGAGUUGGGAAUCCUAAAGGAUAGCACUAGCGAGGGUCAGGUCUUCAAGGCUGUUCGGAAAUACUGUCCACAUCAUGUAGGGCAUUAUCUGGGAAUGGAUGUUCAUGAUACACCUGAUGUAUCCCGAUCAACUCUCCUCCAGCCAAGCAUGGUGAUCACCAUUGAGCCAGGCAUUUACAUACCUGAAGAUGAUACAAGUGCCCCUGAACGAUUCCGUGGCAUAGGAAUACGCAUUGAAGAUGAUGUGGUGGUGACAGAGAAUGUGCCAUUAAUCUUGUCUGCAGAUUGCCCAAAGGAGAUCUAUGAUAUUGAACAGGUUUGCAGCUGUAGCCUUUGAUUGUUCUUCGCUGCCUUUUAUACCUUGUUCGGGUUUAGAUUGGAAAAUACACACUCAUAUAUAACACAUUUUUCAUAACUCAUUUAUAGGAUUGCUUAACUAAGACAGAAUCACUACUAGAAAAAUAUUGCUUGCAAGAAACUGUGUGUACAUAUUUUGCAGGACACAAUUACACUAUUUAAAUGGGAAAAUGUACAUUACUGUUCAACUUUUUUUAAAGUUAUGCUAAUACUAAAACAAAGCUGAUGAAACAGAAUUAUGAAUCCCAGCAUUUGGUCUAUUUCUUUCUGUGCUUAUACUGUGAUAAUGUUAUUUACAGAAAUGUUCUGAAUACCAGCUGUACUGACAUUUCUCAGACAGUGUAUAUGUGUGUUCAUAAUGAUUAAAUUUCAGUUUUAGUCUUGUAAUUGUAAGAGCUGGAAAGGAAAAGAAGUAUUUUUCUGUAUACAAUAAUUUCCAGUGUACAAAAGAAAAGCAAAAAAAAAAA